AUGUCAAAUCCAGAGGAAAAAGCCCCUUGUUUGUCGGGUUCUGUCGGGAUAGAAAAACCUGGUCCGCCGAGCGGGAACCCGGCAACCCAGGCGCUGACGACGACGACGACGAACUCGUCGUCGGGACUCAUGGGUUCGAAUGGCGUGAGGCCCGCGUUUCGACCGCACGGACUCGACUUGUCGACCUCGUCCCAAUCCUCGACCUCAUCUGGGAUGAACCGGGACAGUGGCAACUCUNUUUUUGCAGGCGGAAGGACGGAGAGUCCGGAUGCGGAUUCGGCCUUCAGCGACAGUCUGUCAAUGCUGUCCAGCGAGAGCUCUGCGUCUUCCGGUGGCAGUGGCGGAAACAGGGCGAACCAGAAGCCCAAUUCCCCGGGUUACCCAGACUCUCUCAGGAGCUUCUCUCAGCAAGAAGAGGCGGAUCGGCUGAAGGAAGAGAAGAUUCGACAGGCCCUGGAGAAGAUCAAGGAGGCGAAUGUGGUGAAGCUGUACGUCAAGGUGUUUUGCGGCAGCUCUGGGGAUGUGACCAAGUCACUCUGGGUGGACGAGCGAAUGAGUUGUGCUCAGGUGUCUCGGCUUUUGGCUGACAAGUGCCACACUCGCAUGGAGCCCAAAAUGGCGCUUGUGGAGCGACUCCCUCACCUCAUGAUGGGUCAGCGUGUCCUUCAAUGUCCGCCUGCGGAUAAAUUCAACUUUUCCCCUAUAAUGUUUUGUUGUUCUUGUUGUCCCGUGCGUGCAGAACGUCCUUUCGAAGACCACGAGAGUCUCGUGGAGAACCUGAUGAUGUGGGCCCGAGACUCGGCCAACACUCUGCACUUCGUCGACUUCGAAGGCCCGCUCUACCUCAAGGCCGAGGGCAAACGGGCGUGGAAGAAGCACUGGUUCGUGUUGCGGGCCAGCGGGCUCUACUUCUGCCCCAAGGGCAAGGGCUCGGCCAAGGGAUCCCGGGACCUUGUUUGUCUCACCAACUUCGAAGUCAACCAGGUGUACUUCGGCAUCGGGUGGAAAAAGAAGUACCGAGCGCCGUCGGAUUUCACAUUCGCGAUCAAGAACCCGCAGAUCCAGGCCAAGGCCCCCAAGUACAUCAAGUACCUGUGCGCAGAAGACCAGGACUCCCUGCAGCGAUGGGUUGCCGGCAUCCGCGUGGCCAAGUGGGGCCGGCAGUUGUGGGAAAAUUACCGGACGCUGAUGGAGGACAUCACGCAGGAGGACAUUGAUAUUUUGGCACAGGAAAGAGCCUGUUCUGUCGUCUCUGUGCCUCGACAGUGUCAGCAGACUACCGGAAACAGCAGUGCCAACAAGACUCCGCAACAGUCCUCCAAUUCUGUGCACCAGGGCCCAGUCAGCACGCCAAUCGUCAGAGAGGAAUCCACCCGUGAUGAGCAAAUUUAUGCCAGCAGGCGAUCGAGCUCAAGUUCAAGCGGGUGCUGUUCUUCGACGAGUACGCCGACCACAGCGUCGUCAGCAGCAGAAGGGUUCGAGUGCGACGCGUUCGCCGGACCCACGGGUACCAUCAAACGGAAGCCGUCUAUGGCCCCGAGGAUCCCGUUGACGGCCACGACGCGAUUGCUUGUCAAGGAGUGCGGGAUCGACAGUUUGCGAAGCAACGACGACGACGAGGACGACGACGGCGUCGGAGACAACCACUCGCAGCGGAACAACGGAGACGGCAGCAACGACGGCCGUGACUCGCCGACAACGCCGACGCCCGAGUUGUUGCUCGAUCACGUCAUGCCGGCACCGCUGGACAUGAUGGCGGCCGGCAAACGCCAUGGUGGUAGUGGCGGCAGUGGUGGUGGUGGAUACGGGACUAUCCGCCGCACUGAUCCCAGUCGUCAAUCCGCCCAAGAAGCGUAUCACGUUCCUUCGCCGCCAGUGUCGGUCUUGACUGCGAGCUUCAACCACGCUGCACAGAUGCAAUCCCAGGGAGGCUAUGAGCAUUCGUCGCCGCCAUUGCCGCUUCCACCGCCGCCGCAGCAGCAGCAACACCACCUUCAUCACGCCGAAACGCCGGCUUACAUGACUGCGCAACAGGUGCAGCAGCAGAUGAAAUUACCGCCUCAGCCGACGUAUGCCGCUCCACCAGCCCUGCAACUCCCGCAUCCGCAGCACUAUCAUCAACAAGAGUAUCAGCAGCCGCAGCAUUUGCUUCCACCGCCGCCACCACCGCCACCCGCGCUGUCAUCGUCAACAACGUCGUCGUCUUCGUUGUCCUCGUCUGCCACGGCGCCUCUGCCGCCACCGCAGCUGCUUCACCACCACCACAACAACCAACAGCCCCAGGGCAUACUUGUGAACCGUCACUCUAGUCACCAUCCCCACAACGGGAUCGGGUCGAACGGCGUCCGCGGACUCGUUCCUCCGUCCCCGGCUCGGAAGCCCAAGAAGAUCAGUUUCUCGGACGAAGCUGGCGCCCCAGCAGGUUCCACCAACACUCCGCCUCGAGAGUUCCUCAAUGACCUUCGCAAGGUCAUGGAGAAGAAGUGGCAAGUGGCACAGAAAGUCAAGUCUGGCACCAUCCGAAAUCCUUACGAAGUCCUGGGAUUUCGGGAUUACGAGCCAAACACCCUGAGAGACGGAGGUGAGAUCGACUCCUACUCGCACGCGCCAAUGCUGAGAACGCAGUCGCUCAUGAACCCCCAGUCUCCGCAGCCGAUCUACGGAGAAGCCAUCUACUCGCAGCAGAGGUCACACAGUUUCGCCGUAGACCAGCCCAUUUAUGGACCUGGCUACCAACCCCAGCAGCAGUUCUACCAGCAACCCAACCAGUACCCCCAGCAGCAGCAGCAGCAACAACCGAUCUACGGUUCUCGGCCUGCACCACCCCCGGGACCCCUGUUGCGGCAACACAGUCUGAGUAUGGCGGACACAGGCAGUCUUCAGCGCCAGAUGAACGGAGACGGCGCCGGUUUGCGAAUGUCGCAGCGGAAAAAGCCGCCACCGCCGCCGAAACGCAGUGAUUCCACUCAGCUCUCCGCGCGUUGAAGAGCACCGAUAUAUUUUUUUUCGUUUUUUGUUUUGUUCCUUGUAGGUGGUAAAUUUUCUCAAGUCACUAUCUGCGAAUUUUUAGGAUUAAUCCUCAAGUCAUCCUGCAGUUUAAUCUGGUCAAAGGAAUUUCGCGACGAUAUGGAAAAAAAACCUUGCUUUUGUAGUCGCUUCCUGGCCACGUGUGUCAAGGAAACGGAAUUUUGCAGGAUGAACUGCCACGAUUGAGAGAAGACUUGUGAGACGAAUGAUUGCAGGAACGAAAAACAAAGGGGGCGGUUUUUCUCUUCUUUUUUUUUUUUUGUGGGAUAACUUGUGUAAAUCGUGGGGAUCAAGGACGACGUGUUCGAUUGCCUUUUUACUCUUCAGGACGAAGGAGAAAUCAUGAAAUAUCUAGCUGUGAGAGACGCAUCUUUUCUGGGGAUAUGCAAAUUUUCUUUUCCGUUUUUUUUUUUUUUGUUGGGAAAAAGCACAUUCCUUUGCAUCGGUGAAUUCGCCUUUUCUUGGAGCAUAUUUCUAACAUUGCAUUCAAAUACCGAAAAAGUUCACAAAAGUGGGUUUUGUGUUGCGCCAGAUGCUUCAUCGCCUUAAAUUUUUUUAUCUGUUAUUUUAAAACAGAAAUGUAUUUCUUCUUCGACAUUUUUUUCCGUUUUUAAUUGCUUAGGCUUGUUUGUUGAGAACUUGCAAAUAUUCCCGCGAAACGCAAGAAAGAAAGAAAGAAAGAAAAGAAUCCGCGUUGGACCUGUGAUGUCGUGUACAUUUUUAGCGGACAAAAAAGAGAAAAUGACAUAAACUUUGGGGACGAUAGGUGAAAAAAGGAAAACUUGCUCGAAGUUUUGUGGGAUAAGUGCGUAAGACUGGAAGGGAUUCAAAAGAAAGCUUUUUUUAUAUUUAAAGAAAUGGACGACUUGAAUUGAGAUCAAAGUGUCUCAGUUUCCCUGGAAAUCGGUUCGAAUCGAAGUUUUUUUUUUUUCAAUAUGAAGCUUGGUCAAGUUUAUCUGGUGCUUGAUUUUUGUUUUCACAAGUCAUUGGUGCGUUUUUUUUCGAUUUACUGACGAUAACAUUUUUGAAAAUCUUUCUCUCUAUUGGUGGGAAAAGGUUUCGAUUCCAAUAAAUUUCUUUUUUCUUUUUUUUUGGAACUGAGGAUAACUUUGUAAUUUAUGAAAAAGGAAAAGUGUCUGCUAAUGUUCUGCUUGUCUUCUGUUUUUGCGUGCUGGUCGAGCUCGUACGGGGUUUUUUCGCUGCCCUUUUUGCCCUGUGGGCUGUGAAACGUGCCUCUGCUUCUCCGGAUUUUUCUUUUUUCAAAAAAUUCUCGAUCUAUAUUUCGAGCUUUGCUCUGCUGCGUUUUUUUUUCUAUGUCUCUUUUUUUUCUACGACAUUCGGUACACGUAAGAAAAGGGAAAAAACUUGAUGGCGAGCUUCGGAUUUUUUGUUGUUGCGUUCGGAAAAUGAAUUCUGCCUUCGUCUUCUGUGGCGAGUUUGGUAUUGUGGGUGGAAUGAAGAGUUCUGUCGUAAUUCACCGUAAAUA